GGCAGAGUAGAGCGGGUCAUGACUUCGCCAUCCUAGGAAAAAAAAAACAUCGCAGACUGCACGUAGCAUUAGCUCGAAGAAAGCGAAGUAUAUAUUUUUUCGGCUGAAUUGGACCAUAUUAACAGGUACGCUGGAAUUUUCUGAUACCCACUCGGACAUGUCCUAUGUCUUCAUCAACGACUCGUCGCAGACCAACGUGCCUCUGCUGCAGGCCUGCAUUGAUGGAGACCUGCCAUUCGCCAAGAGGCUCCUCGAGACCGGAUGCGACCCCAACAUCCGCGACAACCGGGGCCGCACCGGCCUGCACCUAGCCGCCGCCCGGGGGAACGUAGACAUAUGUCGCCUCCUGCACAAGUUCGGGGCCGAUCUGUUGGCGACGGAUUAUCAAGGGAAUACGGCGCUGCAUCUGUGUGGACAUGUGGAUACUAUACAGUUCCUGGUGUCCAACGGGCUGAAGAUUGAUAUCUGUAACCACAAUGGGUCGACGCCUCUGGUGCUGGCGAAGAGACGCGGCGUCAACAAGGACGCCAUUCGUCUUCUGGAGGGACUGGAGGAGCAGGAGGUGAAAGGCUUCAACAGAGGGCCACACUCCAAACUGGAAACUAUGCAGAUGGCUGACAGUGAGAGUGCGAUGGAGAGCCACUCCUUACUCAACCCCAACCUGCAGAGCAGCGAGGGCGUCCUGUCCAGCUUCAGGACCACCUGGCAGGAGUUUGUGGAGGACCUGGGCUUCUGGAGGGUCCUGCUGCUACUGGUGGUCAUCGCCCUCCUCUCCCUGGGCAUCGCCUACUACGUCAGCGGGGUCCUGCCUUUCUCCACCAGCCAGCUGGAGCUGGUGCACUGAGGAAAGGAUAGGAACGAGAGAGAAAGUAGUGAAGGAGGAGCUUUCGGCUGUUUACACUACAACAGAAAUUCAGAUUUUUGUUUUAUUUGCAGCCUAGAGUUUGUCCUUUUCUUGAUUGCCUAAACAGGGAAACAUCAGAUUGUAUUGUUAGUAAAAAAAUGUAUUUCUAAUAAGCAGCGAUCCAAAAGAACAAAACACACUUCCUCAGUUUAAAAAAACAACAAAACAGUUACAUAAAAAAACCAACUUGCAAGUGUGAUGGGUUGUGAGGUGAUUGACAGGACGACCCAGGCAGUUUCUUCUUCUGAUUCAUUGACUCAUAAAGAAAAUUACGUUGGUCUUGUUUCCAUAUUGUGUAACAUAUCCCCUUUAAAAUGAGAUCACAGUUCAAGAUGCUUUUGAAAAUGACGAAUGAUGCACUUGUUUAGUUUAUAAGGACGUUUCAUUGUAUAACAUCUUUUUUUUUCCAUUUCAUUCAUACCGUAUGAUCUGUUACAAGCUGUACAUUGCCAACGUUUUGUAUCUUAUUUUUCUCGUUUGUCUGAUCUCUCGAUUGUGUUAUUUAUCAAACAUAUUCUGUAUUAAUUUCCUCGCAUACUGUAUGUUUUAUUGACAUCCUGCACCCUCGCCGUCUACCCUGCAUCUUAUCUUAUUCUGACCGUUUUGUUUUGAAAGUCGAUGGAUGCAGGAACGUCGUAUCUUCUGCGUACGUACAGAUCGGAGAAGCACCUUGACUGUGUGCCUUUUUUUGAGAGAAAGCUUCAUGUUUCACAGAAGUUCAUUAAGACAUUCCCGCCAGAGGCAUGCAGCUUUGUUGCAUUAAAAUCUACCGUGUCAUUGUAAACUUCAUAUUUAGGCUCAGUGCUUACAAACUGUAGGAUAAUGGCAGCAGAUUCAUGAUUAUUACUUGUUUUGUUGUAUUUUCAUUUUUAUCUCAAUGUCCUUGUAAACCAUGUAUAUUUUAGUAGUUGUAGGUUUUCCACCGUUGAUUUUCUGUGUACAAUAACAAUAAAAUUCUAAUUUAAUGUGGAAAAUGAAUAA